CUUGUCAGCAUAAGUAUCGCGUUUUUUAGAAUAUUUACUUGAAGCACGGCGUUUGACUAGGGUUUAUAGAAGCUGGGGUUUUCUUCCGGGAUCAGGGUUCUCGAUCGCGCAACUAUGAGCCAGGGAGAGAAAUCAGAGGCGCCGCUUAGGUCUUCUAAGCCAAAUCCGUUUGGAGCCGCGCGGCCGCGAGAGCAAGUGAUUGCCGAGCGCCUGGGGAAGAAAGAGACCGAGAUCUUGAAGGAGCAGGCACAGCGCGACUGGAAGCCCAAUGCUAAACUCACGGAGGCGCAGUAUGAAGAGAAGAAGGCCGCCGAGGCGGAGCUCGCCUAUGCUCGAGGCGAUCUGGAGAAGGCUGUGGAUCCUUUGAAGGUGAAAGAGAUCCAAGAGGACAUCGCUCUUAAAGAGAAGAAGCUCGACGAGCUGCUAGCGAGUUUUGAGCAAAACGUGAAUGUGAGGUCUUCUGCCCCGAGAAGGAGAGAAGAACCUCUCGAGAACCCGGAGUAUGGGAACUUCAGCAGGGGUGGUCGUGGCCGCGAGCAGCAGCCUUACGCGGAGACUCAAGAGUAUGGAAGCUUCAGUAGAGGACGACCGCGUGAAAGUGAUCGAGGAGGAGCCAGCGCGUAUGGUGAUGCAUGGGGCGGCUCGAAAGGGAGGAGCAGCCAAUCUCAAUGCUACUCGUGUGGAGAGGUUGGUCAUUUCUCUCGCGAGUGUCCCAACAAUGUCCGUGGUGGUGCUGCUGGUGGUGGUGGCGGCGGCUCGAACUAUGGCGGAGGUUUUGGUGGUCGCAGCGGCGGCGGAGGGGGCGGCAAAUGCUACAACUGCAACGAGGAGGGGCACAUUGCUCGUCAAUGUCCGCAGGCCAGCGGAGGCUAUGGUGGUCGAAGCUACGGAAGUGGUGGCUAUGGAGGAGGAGGAGGAGGUGGUGCCGGUGGUGGUGGCUACAGCGACUACAGGAAUCAAGGAUAUGACAACUUUGGCGGAGGGCGGUGAAAGCUUGGGAGAGUCUCGACCACCGUGUACAUUACAAUUGUGCUGCUACUUGGUCAGUUUUGGGUCUGCGAUUGGCAGAUAGUUUUCCUGCUGUUCUUCCUUUUCGUCUUUGGUUUUCCAUGCUUUUGUAUCUUUCGUUUGUGCUUUGCAAGCUAACUCUCUUAUUGAGCGUUUUCCUUGUUCUUAAGCUUUGCAGUUUUUUCCUGUGGCUAGUAGUUUUUUUCUUUCUUUUUUUCCUUUUUUGCUGUUUAUUAGCUGUGUAGCACUGGCUAACCAUGUGAAAGUCUGGCUUAUUUUAAUUCGUUUUGAUCGUGUUCCAGCAGCUGCUGACAAUCCGAUGAAAAGGCCACUCUCAUUCAGGUUCGCCAGUCUGUGCUCUCGUAAAGCUUUUCAGAUCAUUCAGAGGCUUCUUUAAAUGCUGAAGCGAAAACCAGAGAAAUCUCGAUCAGUGUCAUGUUUGAUCACACAGGUCCAGCAAAGAUCUUUGGGGUUUUUUCGUUGGAGAAGUUCGCUCGAUCAGUGUCAUGUUUGAUCACACAGUUCCAGCAAAGAUCUUUGGGGUUUUUUCGUUGGAGAAGUUCGCUGCUAGCUCCAAGCUUGUUUUAAAUGAUCUCGCCGCUGUUAAAGUCUGAAACUAUAACGAGGAAGUUCUUCAA